AUGGCCUCGCCACAAUUAAGUGCCGAGAUACUUGGUCCCCUUUAUCUUGUGGUAAUGGCUGUGGUGGAUCUCCUAUUCGUCUACAUUAGCAAAGUGUCAGUUUAUCAUAUCAACGAAAGAUUUGAUGAAAACUGUGCUAAUUAUUGGUGGCGUAAUAUAUUAUUUAUACAAAAUUUAUUUGAUCACAAAGAUAUGUGUCUUAACUGGACCUGGUCGUUGGCAUGUGAAAUGCAGUACUUUGUAAUUGCCACCAUUUUGUUAUUUACCUAUGCCAAACAUCCCAAAUUGGCCAAGACUUUAACUAUUGGCUGCUUUAUUGCCAACAUGGUAUGGUCCUUCCGUAUUGGCUUAAACAUCAAUUUCCAAUUAUCAUUUGACACUUUCUUUGCCACCGGCACUGAAAUUUACAUUAGUCCAUUUGUGCGUGUAUUGCCUUAUAUAAUGGGAGCUGUGGCUGGUUGGUAUUUCUUAGAGCAUAAGAAGCGUGAAUUCGAUUUAAGUGAAUUCCAAGAGAAAUGCUUGUGGAAUUUGUCAUUGUUGACAUUCUUCAUUUGCAUUUAUUCGACCGUUAAACGUGACAUGUCCUACAUAAUGGCCAUAUCCUUGUUUGUGUUGGGUCGUUUGCUGUUUUCAUUGAGCAUUUGUUGGAUGAUUAUUGGCAGUGCUACUGGACGCAGUACCUGUUGGUCUAGAUUUUUGGAAGCCAAACCUUUUCAACAUUUGAAUAGACUUUCAUAUGGGAUUUAUCUAUUAAAUCCAUUUGUGAUUGCGCUAUUUUUCGGUUUAACCAGUGUCAGUACUCAUGCUGAUCCAUUUAUGUUGUGCGUUCUUUGCUCCGGUUUCUCCGUCAUCACUUACUUAGCCUCUAUUGUCUUCUCUUUGGCCUUUGAGAUGCCCUUCUGCAACUGGUCUUCGCUGAUAUUGAGACGCACGAGUCCCAAAGUCAAAAAUGCCUAAUUAAGAUGCUCUUUUUUUAAAUAUAAUUUUUAAGUUUUGGAAUAAUUACAUUUAUAAAUUCUAUUUUAUACUUUUGAACUGCACCCCAGUGCACUCUGUUUUAUAUGCAUAUUGUGAUCAUUAAUCCAUUCAAUCUCCAACGAGUAUCUUAUAUACGACAUAAAUUGUGUAAUUAAUGUAAUUUUAUAAUAAUAUUUUAUUUGUAAUUAUUUUAUUCGUUUUAGUUUCCUAAGUCAUUAAUUUUAAGUUUAUCUAUAUAUAUUUCCCUUCAAAAGGAAACAAAAAACCCCGAUAAUUUAAUUUAACCCAUCUUGUGAAUAAUUGUAUAUAGAAAAAAAUUUAAGAUAUUUGCCCAGGGAUUAUAACCAUUGUAUAUUAGUUAGAAUUAAAUUCAAU